AUGCGCCGAAUUGCCAGGAUAUCGCGGCCCGUCGAGAAGGUUCUCGAGCAGUCAAGCAGGAGGGUCGCGCUGCCCGCGUCCGUGUGCAAUGCCUGCCAGGUGCGCGCCGCGCCCUUCACCACCGCCGCCCGUCGUGACGCCGCCAAAGAAAAGAAACCCUACACCGAAAAGCUCAGGCAGAAGAUUUGGGGCACGGAGAAUGCCCCUGGUCGCGAGGACCCGUACUCCUACGAUUCGCCAAUGCGAUCCGAAGAAGAAACGGAGCUGGCCGUGAAGCCGGCGGAAGAAGAGACACCGGUUAAGCCCCAGGCUCCGGCGAUAGAUAUGUCGGGAUACCAGCCUGCGACGACGUGGGAAGGCCUGGAGGUGAUUGGCGGUGAGGAAUGGUUGGAGCAGAAGGUUACGCCGCGCGGGUUCAAAGGAUUCUUGCCUGAGGAGAAAGCUUCUACCUUAGAGGGAAUUACCGCCGCGGUACGCAGAUCUCUGGUGGAAGUGUUCAAAGCAAGAGCAGAAGGAAAGCAAUUGCGUGUCUGGCGCGCAAAGUCCCCCGCAGAGGACUGGACUGUGAAUAUGCACUUCAAGGCUCUAGAAAACAACGGCAAUUUUGAGCUGGUGGAGGGUCCUGAAUCAAGCAAGAAGGGGUCCGAGAGCUGGAGACAAGUUCCUCUGAGUGAACCGGAAAUCAAAUUUGCGGUCAUCAAGCGUGUCAUGCAAUUAACCGGUCUCCGCGUUUUCGACUCCGUCAUCAACGACCUACCCACCGCCGGUGCGCUUGUCUCGAGCCUCUCGAAGUACGAUAAGCGCCUUAGGCCAGAGAAGGUUGCCGAGUGGGUGGAGACUACUUCUAAGUACAACAAUCUCAAGAACGUCACAUUCUCCGGUAGGAGAGUGACUCCGAUUGACAAGGAGAAGGCGGUCGGCAGGUGGAAGGUCAUUGAGCAAAAGCUCAUUGACAGGGACCUGCCAGUUACAGGACGCGAUAUCUGA